AUGGCUGGGAAGGUGGAAAUCACGAGGGCCGUUGCCUUGACUUCUGAUGGAACCACCCAAGCAAUUCCUGCAGAGCUACUGCGAGAUUUUGAUGGCACCACAUUCCUGAAGCUCAGAGGCUCCAAGCCAGAGAUUGCCAAGCUGGUGUGUGGCUCAUCCUGCCGCUUGCCCAAGAAUGCUUCCCUAGCCAAUGGUGCUAAGAUGCAGGAGCUGAAAGCCAAGAGGCUGGCGGCUUGGCAGAACGUCUGCCUGGAAGAAGCAGAGCAGGAGGAAGACAAUAUAUUUGGCGGCGGUGAUUGCAAUCCCACAGAAACAAAUGCUCCUUCAAAGAAGAGGCAGAGGGAGGAUUGUGUUGUCACUGUGGAUAUUUUCGGAACUGAUGUCAAGGUCUUUUGUCCUGGCAAAAGGAUGCAGCAAAAUGAUGUCCAAGUUGCACUGGAUGAGAGCCAGCUCAGUGCUGUAUUCCAGUUUUUGAAAGCAGACUGCCCAGCAGCACCUAGCAGCAAAAGGCAGUAUAAGAAGUCUGGCAGAUACUCUGCCUUGUCCAAAGAGGAUGAGGAAGAUGAGGAAUGUGAGUAG